AUGCCAUUGUUGUCUUUACAUGAUCAAGUUUAUGCACCUUGUUGCCAAGACUAUGGAAACAGUGGUGGCUAUGAUGAAGGCUAUGGACAAGCGCCUGUAAGUCGCAGUAGCUACCAAGACUCGUACGCCCCACCUUCGGACAUGAUGGGCAAUGGCUACCAGGGUCCCGGAGUAGGAGUAGGCGGCAACACAGGGGGCUACGGCGAUGUUUCUGGCGGCUACAACACUGAUUAUAACAAGCCCCCAGGAAUGGAGAGGGGAGGCGGCGACUUCAGGAGUGCUGGCGCUGGCUAUGUGCCCCCCGUCGGCGGUGGUGGCGGCUAUGCCAGCAGCUACGACGACAGGGGUUAUGGGGGCAGACAAGACGGUGGCUACGGAGGAGGACGCCCUGCAGCCGACAACUUCAGUGGAG